AUGCGGAUCUGGAUCUUUAAAAUGAGUCAUCCCGUCCGCGCCUGUAGGGACGAAGGCGGCAGAAGUGCCAGGCACCGGCAGGCCGUCCCGGCGGGCGGCCGCGGGCCCCCGGGCCUCAGGAGGUCGUGCGCGAGCCCCUUAGGCACCGCGCCGUCCCGCCCCUCUCGCGCGCGGGAACGCUGCACAAAGCCCCGACGGCCCCGGCACCCUGCGGAUUAUCCGCAGGACCCCGGCGAGGCUUGCACACCAGCAACGCAGGCUGCAAACACCGGCAACGGAAACGACGCUCUGCCGGGAGCACUCCUUGCAAACACCGCGACCCGGAAGUCGGGACAGGAGGCCGGGGCAGCAGGAGCGGGGAGGCGUCGCCGGGCUCCGAGCCCCGCCUCUCCGUCCUCUUCCGAUUGGUCGGAGCUCCCGCCUAUCACCGUCAAUCAACUAAUUGAUUGCAGAAACCAUAAUUUGGAAUUUAAGGAAACUAUGCUACGUAUAAAAAACAGAAGUGAAAGUAAUCACCAAAAUCUAGUGCAAGUCUUGAAUGAAAUGAAGUAUAAAAUUACCGAGACAGCAGACGCAUCAGGAAACUUACUUGAGGGGAAAGUGAGCGUGCUGCGUGAGAAUGAAACACUUCCUAACGGAUUUGAAGGCCUCAAGCUCUUCCUCCCUCACCUAAGGACUGCAGGGAACAUGUACCCAGUUGUAGCUACUGGCAAAGGAAAAUCAGGCGUUACUUUCGCGCUGGGGAUCACCACCAUUGACAGAAGGAACCACACCUACCUGAAGCAAACGCUGACUUCUGUUCUGUCCAGAAUGACGCCUGAGGAAGAGGAGGACUCUGUGGUGAUUGUCUCUGUCGCUGACACUGAUGGUUAUUUAAAUUCUGUUGUUGACAUGGUUAAAACAAAAUUCAAAAGGCAGGUGCAGUCUGGGUCCUUGGAAGUCAUUUCAAUACCCACCUUGUUUUAUCCGAGCACACUGGACAAGGCAAGGGUGGACUCAGAAAGUUGGCAAAUAAAACAAGCAUUGGAUUAUUGUAUUUUGAUGCUGUAUGCCCAACCCAAGGCCACAUAUUACUUACAGCUAGAAGAUGAUAUCAUAGCGAGACAGAUGUAUUUUACAAAAAUGAAAGAUUUUGUAAAUAGUCUCACUUCAAAAAACUGGUUGUAUAUUGAGUUUUCAGUACUUGGAUUUAUAGGAAAACUCUUUCAAUCGAAGGACCUGCUUGACUUCGUACAUUUUUUCUUGAUGUUCUACAAAGUGAAGCCCAUAGAUAUACUCUUAAAUGACAUUUUCCUGGUGAGGAUGUGCAACUUGGGAGAGCAUCUUGGGAGCUGUAUACGACGCCAGAAAGGAGUUCGGAUUCAAUACAGACCAUCUCUGUUCCAGCAUGUGGGCACCCAUUCAUCAUUUCCUGGACGAAAACAGUACCUCAAGGACAUUUUUUACUAGGAUUUCCCUAAAUCUCACAAUUUCUUUAAAAAUUAUCAGACUCAUUUGUUGGGAAAAGGGCACAACAAGAAUCAGAUUUUUUUUCAGAUUAUACUGGAUAAGAGACUACAUUAUACUGUUUAAUAUUAAGCCUUCAGUAAUAAAGUGAGUAUACAAAUUCAAUCUGUCUGUACACUUAUCAGGUGGCUGUUCAUCUCACAUCAUAAAAUAAUCUUGCACCUUCUAUGGAUUCAAACUUGUUACUAGACUUCCCUUAGUGUUCAUUACUUAAGUGUUUCAAAAACAUUUGUAUGAAUUAAUAAUGUGUGACACUUACCAUAAAACUUUUAAAUGUACGAUAGAACUACACUGCAGAUUUAUUAAGAAAUCAAUUCAUUUCUGGUCACUAGCUUAUAGCAAACUAAUUAUCAUAUCCUUUUAAUGAUGAACCUUAGUUUUGAAAUUUCACUAGACCUUCAAAUUUAGUAAAUGUUCUGUAAUACAUUUAUAGCAAAAACGUUUCUUUUGUGUUAGUGGAAUGGUAGUUUCUUUAAGUGACUGCAGAAGACUCCAAAGGGCGUGUGCCUUGCGGUGACAGGCAAGUGAGUGCUUUUCUGUAACGUUUGUGUGAGAUCAUUCUCAUUCUCGUGCUGUGUGCUGCACUUGGCCACACUGCUCCAUCGACUCUGAAUUUCACUUAAGCGAUGAGUUUAUUGUUGUUUGAGACAAGGUCUCUCUAUGUAGCCUAGGCUGACCUCAAACUCCAAUCCCUCUGUCUCCAUCUCCAGAGCGCUGGGAUUGCAGUGAGCAUCAUCAUGUGCUGCUAGCAGUAACUGUGAUUUCACUUUUCAAUUUUCUUUAUGUUUACUUAUAUGUAUUGUGGGGGAAGAGAGGGUAUGUGCAUGUGAGUGCAGGUGCCUGAGGACCCUCCAGAGCUGGCACUACAGAUGAUUGGAAUUGUGAGUCAUAUGAUGUAGGUGCUGGGAAUUGAACUCAGGUCCCCUGGGAGAGCAGUUCUUACUCUUAACUGCUCAGCCAUCUCCCCAGACCAACAAUAACUUUUUCAAAGAGGUUUGC